AUGGAAUUAUCCAAGACUUCCAUGGAAAAAAUUGAUGAUGCAAUUAAAUCAACGGCUGAUUUUGGUUUCUCAAAGGAAACUGUUGUACGAGUAUUGAAAAAACUGCUAAAAGUAUAUGAUGGAAACUGGGAGCAUAUAGAAGCUGAUAACUAUUCUGUUUUGGCUGAUGCUAUACUUAGUGAUUCAGAUCCCGAAGAAGGGCAGAAAAAGCGAGCUGAGAAGAAGAAUCUGGAUUCAGACCACCAUAGGAAGAAGCUUAAGACUAAAGAGCAUGGCCAGAAGGCGAAAUCUUGUAUGCAUGGCAGUGUGAAGAGAGAGUUGACUGAAGUGCCACGUCAGCAAGAAGCAGAAUCCCUUGAGGGGAGAACCACUACUAACCAAUUGCUGGAGUCUUCACAAACUAUCAUUAGUAAGGAACAAAAAAUGAAAAAAAGUCGUGCAGAGACUACAAAAAUUGGUGAAAACGGUUCGACUUUAUUUGAAAGUCAAGAUCCUUGCACCUUUGAGACCCCACUUGCAGUUAUGUGUCCUGAAGUUUUGGAACCCAGCUGUCAUAACGGACAUGAAGAUGCUCACAUGAUUUCUGGUGUCAAGCACCCUACUGAUAAGAAGUUUAAAGGUAUUUUGGUUGCGCAUGAAGGACAGAUGGUUGAUGCAUGUAGCAGCCAAGCAAUUGUAAGCAGCAAAGAUUUUUCCACCAACUUUGAGGUAGAAUUGUCCAACUAUGGAAAAGGGAAGCUAUCAUUCUUGUUCAACCCUUCCUUGGCAAAUGGUUCUGAUUUUCAAAUGCCUGGCAUUGAGUCAAUAUGCAAGGCAAUGGAGGACAAAUGCCUCAGGACAUACAAGAUCCUAGAACCCAAUUUCUCUUUCAUGAAACUUUUGGAUGAUAUUUGCCAGUGUAUUCUUGAUCUGGGUUCUGGACCCAAUGGUGGUAGUGCUGAUUCUGGAGGUAACCAGAAUAAUCCUAGUAAUAUGCAGGCUAUUCAGCAUCUACCCACAGGCAUCAAGAGACAAUAUCAUGAUGUCAAUGAUAUAACGAGGGGUGAAGAAUGUUUGAGCAUUCCAAUAGUCAGUGGAGAGGAUGGGGUUCUUCCUCCUCCAUUUUACUAUAUAUCGCAAAAUACCACCUUCCAAGCUGCCUAUAUCAACCUCUCACUUGCUAGAAUUGGAGAUGAAAAUUGUUGUUCUGGUUGUUUUGGAGAUUGUCUAGCAGAGCCACUUCCUUGCGCUUGUGCGCGAGAAACCGGUGGAGAAUUUGCAUACACAAGAGAUGGCCUGCUUAAGGAAGGAUUUCUAGAUGCUUGUGUCUCAAUGCUCCGGGAACCACUUGAACAAUCUUACUUCUACUGCAAGGGUGUUUGUCCUAUUGAACAAAUGAAGGGAGUAAACAAACCUGAAGCUUGUAAAGGGCACCGUAUUAAGAAAUUUAUCAAGGAAUGCUGGAGAAAAUGUGGUUGCACCAGAAAUUGUGGAAACCGUGUGGUUCAGCGAGGAAUUACUCCUGACUACACCUUAUAUGUAUGCCUUCUUAAUCUUUUCCGUCCUCAGGUGUUCUUAACUCCAGGGAAAAAGGGAUGGGGCUUGCGCUCUGCUGAAAAUCUUCCUCGUGGUGCUUUUGUCUGUGAGUAUGUUGGUGAAAUAUUAACAAACACUGAACUAUAUGAGCGAAACACUGAGCUAUCUGGGAAAAAUAACCAAAAGACUGGUAAAGCAAAGCAUACAUAUCCUGUGCUACUCGAUUCUGACUGGGGCACUGAAGGUGUUCUGAAGGAUGAGGAAGCCCUCUGUCUAGAUGGUACUUUUUAUGGGAAUGUGGCGAGGUUUAUAAACCACAGAUGCUUUGAUUGCAAUAUUACUGCAAUUCCUGUUGAGAUUGAGACGCCUGACCACCACUACUAUCAUCUGGCAUUCUUCACAACGAGAGAAGUAGAGCCUUUUGAAGAACUGACAUGGGACUAUGAAAUUGAUUUUGAUGAUGUCAACCAUCCUGUCAAGGCAUUCAAAUGCCAUUGUGGAAGCAAAUUUUGUCGGGACAAAAGGCGCAUAUCAAGUUGUUUUGCUGGUGAUAUUUUGUCGCUUAGGCUAUAUCAGCUGACUGUAAAGGCUGACAUGCUUUCACAGGAGGAUCUAAAUCUAGAGCUCUGGUGUUAUCCUGAGAAUAUUCAAGAGAGACAAGGCGGUGCAGAAUUGUGCUAG